CACAUGCAUACCCCAAGAUUCACCGCGGGUGUAGCUCUGGUCGGAUACCGGAGAGUUUGGAGGUGGCUGACUUGGUUAAUGGCUGCACCUCUGAGGAAUGACAAAGAGUAUGGUCGACCAGUGGCAGGAUCGAAAACUGAGACUCGUGGAAGAUUUGCCGGAGCUCAUAUCAGUCAAGAAGUAAAACAGUUAUGCAAAAUUAUCGCACAGAUGGGUGAGGAACAACCAGACAGAACUAUUACCGUCACAUUUCGACGGUUGUUUGAGAGGUAUACCGGAAUAUCCAACAAAGUGGUGGGAAUGUUACUCAGGGCACGGAAACAGAAUUUGUUUUGCUUUGAAGGAGAAAUGCUUUUCCAAAGGAGAGACGAUGAUGUUAUCAUUACAUUACCGCGCAUGCCUGAAGAGGUGGAAAAUGAUUCAGAUGAAUAUUGGAACAUCCGUGCAAGAUAAUUAAAUAUUUUAUCGGAAGGUUUCGGACAAUAAUUUGUCAACACAGUAGAUCUUAGCGUUAGUUAAAUCCUUGCAUAAUCCUGUAAGGUCAAAGCUCUCUUAAGGGGAAAUCGUCGUAGCCAAAAGCUCGACGGUUUCUACCCUACAUUUUGGACUUAGCAUAAUUCUUAAUCAAUAAAUUUAUGUUAUCGUGUGGUAUGAAAUCAUAGGUGAUUGAUUAAUUGAUGCAAUAUGAAUUUAUUUGGGUGCACUUGUUACUUUUUUUGUGAAACUGUGGGUGGAGAGCUGUCUUCAGUUGUUGAAAAAUGAAGAUUAUAGAUGGCUCUGAACUUAAAGCACAAAUUUAGAACAAUUUUUACUGAAAGAUGAAUCUUAAUAUGCUGGUUGCAAUUCCGUAAGAAAACCAAGCGAUUAUUUGUAUGAUCGUUGUUAGCUAAUAGCGUAACUUGAACGCUAUACGCGUUUCCCCCGAUAUACGAAGCUACUUUUACUUCAUUUUAUUUCUACAAAAAAAAAAAAAAGAAUAUGGAAAGAAUACCUCUUUAUUUUAAACGAUACGAGCCUGAAAA